AUGAUUGUCCGACAAUUGAGUUUAUUGAUACUACCAUCAGCAUGUAAAUUAAAGACCAUACCAAUUGCAUUUCUCAAUGAUCCAUGGUUGAUUCGAGGUGACGACUGGUGCCAAGGAUUAGUGCGUCGACCUCAACCGAAAAAUUUCAUUCUACUUUCUCGUGAUGGCAACAUCGUUCACACCGAUCGCACAACCGAAGACCAAGGAACAUCAAGUAAGGACACCGAUGGUCAACGACUUGUUAGUCUUGUACGCUCACGUUCAGAUACAUCGAACUAUGUUCGAUUAUUCCUUGUCGACACCAUGGUAUCGACUGGCCGACGAAUGGUCACCACAACAGCGCAGUCCUCGGCCCCAAUACCUUCAAUAUCCCGUCCUGUUCGAAUGGAGUCGAAGGCAUUCGAUCGAGGACGACUCCGUCUCGAAGGCAAAGAAAAGAAGAGUUCAUUAUUGACGUGUCUAACAAUAUGGCUCUGUUCUAGAAAUGGGUCCACGUCCCUUAUCAUGGCUUCCAAUGAAGCGAUCCAUGAUUUGUUCGAUAUUCUGGACGACGAUCAAGAUGAAGUGAAGUACACCACAAAAGAAUUGAAUCGAUAUUUUGAACAAGGCCAUCUUCAUUCAAUGAUGGAGGAAGAAGAUCUAGCCGACGAGGAUAGCUCUGAUAUUCAAUCCAUGGAAGAAGGAGAAGAUGAAGUUCUCUCCCAACACUUCAGCCAGCUAUCGACCAACAAUGAGGAAGAACCGGAAUCCUCUCUUACCAUGAAAAAGCGACAAAUUAGUACAGCGUCACAUCCGGACUCGAUGGCAAAGAAAGUAAAGUUGUCCGACGAUCAGGAUAUGGAUGACGAACAAACUGAGCAAGAGUCAAUACCCGCCUAUCUGUUACCCAAGAAUAGAAUGUUUCAUCGUCUGGUGGAAAAAGUGAAUCAAGCGGCAAGUUCCAUCGAUGUGGAAAGCCUUCGACAGGUUGCCAUCCUCAAACAUCAGAUAGCUGCUCUGCAGAUCAGCAAGCAGAUUUCCUUGAUCUAUCUGCAAUCUGGCAAAGGCGAACUGAAGGAACCCGAAGCAGAGAUCACAUCGGUCGAUCGGCGUGUUUGGUCCACACAAGUGAAAUCAGCCAUGCUAGCAGCAAAGUCGACCACCUAUGAAGGAGACGAACACUUGGCCUGUGUCCAUCUGGUUCAUCAGCGUGUUCGACAAAUGGAAGAAAAGAUUCAAUGGUGUCAACGACAAGUGGAUGAAGCAAAACAGUGUCUAUUUGGUUUGACUCCAGCCAUGGAUGAAGCAAUCGAGUCCUUCGUUCGGGAACAUGGUAUACGACCACUGGAAAUGAAGCGUGAUCUGAAAAUUGCCUUGCUUGGACAUGAUUAUGAUGCCAAAAUAAUUGAACGCCAAUAUGCACGAGAGAAUCCAAACGAAUAUCAAAUUCAAGUGGCCAAGCGUCUCUAUGAGACUAAACACGAAGUGGAAAGAUCUGAUCGACAUGGCCAGGAAGACGAUGCGAUACUCGAUCGAUACCGAGAACGACUAUCGCACUCAUCGACCGGCUCUGAUCCAGAUCGAAUUCGUGCGGCAGAGAUCGAUCGUUCUCUUGGUUGA